AUGUUGAACUUUACAUUCUUUACGUUAUCAACCUACCACGCCCUCCGUGCCAUCUCGGUCGCCACUUUCCCACCCGGCUUCCUCAUUCUGUUCCUCCAGGGUAUCCUCUCGCGAUGCGUCAAUCCCGCCAUCGGCAUUAUUCCCUUCUUCUUCUCUGCAGCUUACUCCGCCUUGAUACUUGCGAAUGAGAAAAUUUGCGGAUGUCAAUCUAGUGUGUUAACAGGGACACUGAUGCAUUUGGUUUCUGACCUCCUACUUGGCAUUGCGCUACUAGCGUGCCUGAUCUUAGAUUGGGUAUUCAUCCCGCAGGGAGGGACUGACAGAGGCCUGGUUAUGCUGGGCACGUAUGGGACUACCUUUCUUAUUUGCAACCUUUUGAUACACUUUUACUUUGCCAUCAACCGGAUCGUCGAAGAGCUCCAGCCGGGUACCUAUUAUCCAACUUCAUGCCCGCAGUGUCAGGGUAAAUCUUUUUCGUUUAGGAUGUACAAGCUUAAUUCGGAAAUAUUUAGUGGCUAUGCAUCGCUGCUAGAUGGAGAGGGUCGGCCCAAAAACGGUGCAAGACUAGCGGUAGUGGGUGAGGGCGGGUCUGCAGUGUAA